AAUAGCAUAUAAGACAGAAGAAAAGAGUGCUAUCAAACCACCCAUCAUCAGUAAUCCGAAUCUGACCAGAUUUCUGUGCUGAUAUAUAUCACUGGACUUGGAAUGAUGGAACCCCUGGUCACUGCCAUCUUCUUGCUAUUGCUUUCAGGGACUACAAUGUCCAAAGAACCAAACAAUUUGGGACAUUCUCAGUGUGAUUCUCUGGCAUACCGGGACAUGGCUCUGAUAUACUCCGGGGCUGAGCACAACUUAUUCACGAACAAAGCCUUUUUCAAUAACGAACUUGUCUACAAAUAUGACAGUGAGAGUCAGACGGCAAAGCCUCAACCAGGAUGGGAAAAUGUGGAAAACUGGGGUGAGAUCAGCAAGCUUCAGAAAGAAAGAGGAGAUUUUGCCUUGGAGAACGUGGAACUAAUCAAAAAAACCUUUGGAUAUAGAGAUGACUACAACUUAACUGGAAUUUAUGGUUGUGACGUUUGUAAGAAUAAUGUCAUCAAAGUGAGAUGGACUUAUUAUGACAGUGACAAGCCACUCAUUACAUUCGACACCAAUGGACCAACCUGGAAAGCACUGAGUCGUGAAGGAAAAAUACUCAAAAAAAAGUGGGAGGAAGACCCAUCAGCUCCAAAUCGGGCCAAGUCCUAUCUAGAAGAAGACUGUCCUAAAAAACUCCAAGAAUACAAGAAUUAUAAGAACACUAACUAGGACAAGCCAGGUGACCAAGGGCGAUGGGAACUUAGCAAUGGAGCUUGCUAGUAACCCCAACUAAGAGGAGAAUGAGAAGAUGUGAACAUUUUCACCACCAUGACUACUUCCUACCACUAUACUAUUACUUAAAAGUUACCUGUCAUUGGAUUUCCAGCCAAGAGAACUACACAAUUCCAAAUCCUGUCUUUGGAUUUCCAGCCAAGAGAAUUACACAAUCCAAAACUCCUUCCCUGUAAGAGCUUACAGUAUGAGCUAAACAAUAUUAAGUGACCUAUACAUCAUCAUAAGAAAUAAAGAAAUAAAAGUCAUCCAGCACUGUG